AUGGAUAUUGUAUCUUUCUUCACGAAAUGGCUCAAAAAGUCCAAACCCGAUCCAAUGUCUCCCUUUCAGAGCCCCAAAAAAAUGACCAAAGAUCCAACAUCCAAGGACCCGAUCCCCACCCACCCGGGAUUGGAAAGAAGCCAGUUCCAUGAGCUCCACCACGUAUUCCGUGAGUUCGAUGCCAAUGGCGAUGGAAAGAUAUCGUCAACAGAUCUUGGCUCGAUCAUGGCUAGAUUGGGCCACCCAACAUCUGAUGACGAACUGAGGUCGAUGAUCAGGGAGGCCGAUUUGGACGGAGAUGGUUUAAUAGAUUUCAACGAGUUUGUCGAUAUGCAUGUCAGUGGCACUGAUAGGACGACGGUCUUGGAGGAUUUGCGACAGGCAUUCUUGGUUUAUGACGUGGACCGAAAUGGGCUCAUAUCUCCAGAGGAAUUGGGCAAUAUUUUGAAGAGCAUCGGUCACAAUAGCAGCAUAGAUGAAUGCAAGAAAAUGAUUUCUAUGGUGGAUCACAACGGAGACGGGUAUGUUGAUUUCCAAGAAUUUAAGAUGAUGAUGAUGAAAUCUCUGCCGUCCAAGUUGCAGAGGGAGAUCGAAGGGUGA